GACUCGGUUUGAAAACCUAAACCCGAUGGUCAUCUAAUCUGAAUGUUAUUUUACCAGGAAACUAGUUAUUCGUGACAAUAAUAAUUUUGCUGCCGAUUUUCCCCAACUCUUCUCGUAGCUAUGUUUUAUAAUAUUAUGUAGAAAACGAUCGGUUGUAUUGUCUUAGCGUUACAUCACCAGCAAUAUGUUCGAUUCGACUUCAAUGCUGAUUUACACGUUGUUCUACAUCAUAGUGUCGGCGUGUUUUGUGUUCAGGACAACUGAGUUCGUUUCUAACGGUCUGACGGUCGAAAAUCUGUUUGAAACUUACAUCGGCAAAGAGUUUGACGCUUUCGUUACGCAUCACAUCAAACGGACGGCGUUGACAGUCAUCGUACACUCAUGCAUCCCGUUCGUUUAUUUGUUAGGAACGCUGAUAGCUAAUGAUAGCGAAACCGAGUUUGUCUAUAGACAUUUUUACGAGCUGUGCUGUCUGGCUUUGCUGCCUAUUAUCUGUUGUUGCUCAGUCGUAUUCAAAUGGAUGUCCAACGAUUGGGCAAAUCACCCUUUGGCCUUGUUGUUGAAUCGAUACGACCCAGCCGAUUGGAAAUUAGUAGCAAAUGAAAUUUCUACAGAAUAUCAAUGCUUGCAAAAACUAACGUUGUCUUGCGGUACGCUCACUCGAACGAUAGUCACUAAUAAUUGGGUUAUCUCUGUUAAAUCUCAUUCGGUUUGUGUGGCCAAAAAAAUGGAAAGUUCAUUUAUGGUGUAUAGCUCUGAUGAUCAUAGCUCAACACUCGACGGCACUCCCGGCUCAGUACAAUUCAUCAACAUUCAAGUUAUACCCAUUCGAGCUCGUGUCAAAUCAUUCUUUAUAAGAAUAAAAACUGAAGAUUUCAAAACAUUGGAAGAAAAAAUUGGUCAACCUAUUCAAAUAGCUAACAAUAUUAAAUUGCAACGUUCUAGAACCGAACGCUUUAUUGAAGUGUUUCGGGAUCAAGUAUGCCAAAAUCCAGUAUAUACUAACUUUACUGCCGCUGAUUUGGAUGACUCUACGUGUGCCGGCUGCUUGGUAAACCCUCCGGAUGUGAAACUUACCAAGUGUUGCGACGAUACCGAAAUCCCUGAUAUGCCAAAUUGUACCUCUUGUCAAUGUAGACCCAUGUGGUGUGUUGAUUGCAUGGCCAAAUGGUACGAGUCGAGGCAACCGCAGAACAACCCAACAAUGUGGCUUUCGUCAAAAUGUACUUGUCCUCUGUGCCGCCGUGUAUUUUGUAUACUUGACGUUUGCCCGUUGGCUAAUACUGAAUUGGCGCAACAAACCAGUUGAUGGCUUCAUAAUAGUUUGUCAUAGCCAAUACUCAUACUGUGAUAUUAUAUAUAUAUAUAUAACUAGUAUUCUUCUUAUUAUAAUUUUUUUAAAAAUAUUUUACUUGUAACUUUGUAACGGUUUUGAACAGAUUAAGUAAUUGUUUUGCCAAAAAAACAUUUGUUAUUCUCUCAGAAACCAAAAAAAAAAGACAUUUUUUAUUCUGUGUACCUAACAUAACCUAACCAGUUAUAAUUAAUAAUAAUUAACAAAAAUGUUCAUCACAAAAUACUUUGUAAGAAAAGACUUAUUUUUUUU